AUGGUGAGAUCAAUCCGCAUACCCGCUCUCUGCUGUGGCACCUACGGCUUCAAGCCCUCUACAGCGCGCAUUCCAGACGGCGGACAAAUAUCGCCCGUUUCCGCUGGCAACAACUUCUUCAACCCGUCCGCUGGUCCCCUAGCAAACGACAUACACGCUCUGGGCAUCCUAUGUCGGUCACUCCUAUCAGUGAGACCGGCCUUGUACGACGCCUCUGCUCUCGACGUUCCUUGGAGAAGCCUAGAAGUACCACCGAGCGCACCGAAGCUAAGACUGGGUCUUUUGGCCGAGGACUCAGCCUUCCCCUUGCAUCCGCCGGUUAAAAGAGCGCUAGCACAAGCUGUCAGCGCGCUCGAAGCAAAGGGCCACGAGGUGGUUCCUAUCGCGCCGGCGCGCGCUCAGGUCGCCAAUGCGCUAGCCCUCGCGUUUGCCUUCUUUAUGCUUGACGACACUCCCCCGACGCAUGUAGCCGCUAGCGGUGAGCCUGUUGUUCCUUCAGUUAUCCAGUCCAUGGAGGUUUUCCAUUCCUUCAAGUGUGACUUCCUGGACGACUGCAAGGGCCUGGAGGGCAUCAAGAAAUUAGCUGCGCUCAAUGUCAAGCGGGAUGCUAUCCAAGAUGAGUGGAGGAAGAUUUGGAAGGAGCAGAAAUUGGACGGCGUAAUCGGUCCGGCUGCGCAGCACACUGCGGUCGCGCACGAUACAUACGGGUUACCGCCGUAUACGCUACUGUUGAACGUAUUGGAUGUAAGUCAUGCUUACCCAUCUCGAAGUGGCUGUAGAGAGCAUUGUUAA